AUGGUCUCUACCUCUAAGUCUACCGCCCUCAGCACACAACUGAUGCAACUCACGAACGAAGAGCAGCGAGCUCUUGCGGCUCUUUUGUCCACAAUUGACAACCUCAACCCUGUUCUUCAGGGUCUCUCGCAACACCUGGAAAGCAGUACAGGAGGUGCCGCCUCUGACUCUGUCUUGGAGAGACCCCCAAGUCUGCCCCUAGACUGGGCCUCGGAUGUGUGCAGUUCGACAAUGGUGGCUGGCGGGCUCAAUCUUGAGCCGUUCACAAGCGGUCCAGGCAAGGAUAACUUUGGUAUCAGCGAGCUUCAGAGCAACAAGGAACAGGCCGUGGCCGAGAUCUGGCGGCGAGAGCUCAAAGAUGUCAAGAAGGGCCCCAAGAAGAGGACAUUUCAAGGCUGGUGCUCCAAGGGCGUAAAGUUUGCAAGGGUUGCCGGUGGAGGGUCUAUCUACUUCUUGGUACUGAUUGCCCUACAGGGCUUGAGAAAACCCUUCGGGGAUUGCAACGGACAUUUGGCAGAGGCCGUAGGCAACAUGCUUGUUACGGAUAGAUAA